AUGAAUUUGACCAACUGUACAAGAGUAACUGAAUUCAUUCUGGUUGGAUUGGCAAAUGUUUGGGGCAUGGAAAAUAUGAUAUUUGCUUGUGUCUUUCUGCUCUACCUCCUGUGUCUGAUGGGCAACAGUCUCAUCAUUGUGAUGGUGAUUUUGGACCACCAUCUCCAGAAACCCAUGUAUUUCUUCCUUAGCAACCUGUCUUGUAUUGAUAUUGCACACACCACAGCUUUCAUUCCUAAAUUGCUGGUCAACUAUCUCUCUGCAAACAAUUCCAUCUGUUUCUACUGCUGUAUCACCCAACUGUUAUUUUACUUCUUCUUUGGCAUUACAGAAUUUUUCAUCAUCACUUUGAUAUCUUUGGACAGAUUCUUAGCCAUUUGCUAUCCUUUGAGAUACGCCAUCAUCAUGACUUCUGGGGCUUGCUUUAAACUAGCAAUGGCAGCCUGGAUUGGGGCCUUUUUCUCCUUUCUGUAUCAGGGAGUUUUGAUUGCAAACCUACCAUACUGCACUUCCAACAUUAUCAAUCAUUACUUUUGUGAUUCAGGACCUGUGUUGAAGAUUGCAGGAGGAGACACACGUCUCAUUGAAGCCCUGUCCUUCGUAGUUACGACGGUUGUGGUUAUGUCCUCCCUGUUUUUCACCCUCAUUUCUUACCUCUUCAUCAUUUCUGCCAUUGUCCGAAUGUCUUCAACCAACAGACAGCAGAGGGCCUUUUCUACCUGUGCUUCCCAUCUGUUUGUGGUCUGCAUGUUGUACAGCUCAGUCUUUUUUGUCUAUUUAAGGCCUAACCUUAAGAAUUCCUCCUUCAGGGCAAUCAAAUCUGUUUCUUGGCUACAUACUCUAAUCGCUCCCAUGCUAAAUCCUUUCAUUUACACCAUUAGGAACAAUGAAGUGAAAGAAGCUGUUCGUAAAGUAUUAAGAAAAAAGACUCUAGCUUUCCCUAAAGUCUAA